AUGGGUGUCGCACCCCAAUGGCCGCUCAAGGAUGAGGGUCCUAUUGGCCUUGGCCAAAACAAAAGACCAUGGUACCAGCUCGAACCUAUGAAUGAGCCAUCUUCUACAGAUCCUGCAAGGCUCAGUCGACCAUGGCAACCCGGUUUCUGGAAACGACUCCCCGCCCGUGGUCUCGGGGCAUGGCUGUUGGCAUUGGUCGGAACUGGAGCUGCCGUCUUCAUACUCAUCUACAGCGAUGGAGUCCCUGUUGAUCAUUGGGACAAGUACAUGCAGCCUACUGUCUGGCUAGCUUUGACUUCAGCUUUGACCGGCGCUUUCUUGGCAUGUGCAUUCGCAGAAGGUGCGGCAAUUUCGUAUUGGCGAGCUGCUGGAAGGACAGCAACGUUGCAACGACUACAUGCCAUAUAUGGUUCAUCUACAGGCCUUAUCGAUGCAGCGAUAAAUCUGUUCAGCAUGAAAUCCAAGACUCUUGGUCUAGCUUCGAUUCUAAUGACAUUAUCCGUCCUACGCGGCCCUCUCAUGCAGCGUGCAUCCUCGACAGCAAACGAAUUCCAAGCACAGCAAGGUGUCUUUGACUUUCAUAUUGCUCGAGAACUUCCUGGCAACUAUGCCAGCAUACAAACUGGUCGUACUCACUCUGUUUCUCUUCUCACCAAGAACUUUAGCGACAUUGCCCAAGCAUACAACAAUCGGAAUGAUAUGAUUGCUUUCAACACCAACUGCAAGAACUGCACAACCUCUGUCCAGGGCUUCGGCUUCCAGGUAAACUGCACCGAGUCGACACGAAACUUCAAUCUCACCGUCGGAAUGGAUCGAGCAAGUAUGCUAAAGGCAUUCGAUGGAGCGUAUCUCUUCCAGGUUAAUGUGACCGAGUUCAGCGACUACUCGGUCUAUCAGAUGAAAGAUGGGUCGUUUCUUCGCUACACCACGCUUUUCAAAGACACCAACCAAUGCAAUGGGAAGCUCAAGGUCCAGACUUGUGACUUGCAUGCUGGGAUUUCAACGUUUCCGGUACAGCUGGAUGGCAACAAGGUGGAGCUCAGGGGGACGUGGAAGGACGACAAGUUUGUCCAGCGCAAAUAUAUGACUCCUGCUGCUACUGUUGCGAGCGGAACCGGAAAUAUCUUGGGCGGUUUCAGUACCAUUGUCGAUGCUCUCUUCGGCUCCUCAGCAUGGAUGUCCUUCACUGGUGCUACGGGUUACGAUGUCAAAUCUAACGGGCUACCCGCGACGCAGUACAUGACCAUGAACGACACUGUACCCGGAUGUGAAGAUACGUGGGAGAAUCCUAUGGACGAUUUGAUCGAGCUCACCAGGGACCUCGGUUUCCGAGCAAGCUUGCAGUAUGCCCAGUUCAACAAGACGGAUAAGCAACGCGUCGAGUAUAGCAGCGGUACGACAACACUGGUGUAUGUGACCGACUAUAAAAAGAUGUGGAUAGCCGUCGGCGCAUCCCUCGUCGGCAUCUUUGCAGUUCUACCAAUCUUCUGGGGCUGGUGGGAGCUGGGCCGAGAUGUGAGCCUGAACCCGCUAGAGAUUGCAAACGCGUUUGGAACUUUUGGUCAAGAUUCACGCGUCAUGGAGCACGUUGAUCCGAAUCAGAACGUCAAUGGGAUUGUCAAGGCGGUGGAUAAUCUUGGACCGGUGAGGUAUGGAGCAUGGGAUGCUGGUGGAGGUGUUGUCAGGCUUGGGUUUGCGGGAGCUGGGGCAGUGAGGAGUCCGUCAAACGGAGAGAGAUUCAGUUACUAG